AUGGAACCGCUAGACCUGGAGUUGCCAGACCACCAGGACCACUGGAUCCUGGGGCUGUCACACACCUGCGGCUAUCAGACCUCCAGGACAGGCAGGUCCUGGGGCUGCCGGGCACCCAGGGCUGUCGGGCACCUGGAGUUGCUGGAUCCCCGGGUCAGCUGGGUAGUGGGGCUGCCGGACCCCUCGGACAGCCACAUCCCAGUCCUGUUGCACAGAUCCCCAGGACAGACGGACCGUGGGGCUGUUGGGCACCUGAGGCUGCUGGACCCCUGGGAGAGCCAGACCCCGGGGCUCUCGGACACCCAGGGCUGUCGGGCCCCUGGAGCUGCUGGAUCCCCGGGACAGCCAGACCCCGGCGCAACUCCCGGGGACCUGGAGCUGUCCAAACCACCACGACAGCCGAACCCCGCUGCUGCCGGACCCCGGGACCAUCCAAACCCCGGAGCCCUUGGACUCCCAGGACUCCCGGGCACCUGGGAGCUACUGGAGCCCCGGGCUGAACUGGAAGCCAGGACUUCUCAGCCUUCCCCCCCCCCCCACCGCCCCCGCUUUGGGAAACCAACCCUCCGCCGGUUCCGCGGGGCUGCCUACCCGGUAGAGACCCCCGGGACCGUCGGGGCCGUCGGGGCGGCGCUGCCCCGCGGCGGGGGAGGCGGCGGCCGGCGGCCCCCGGAGCCUGGCCCGCCGUCAGGGGAACCAAUGCGGAAUUUCCUGGCUGGCGGCGGGGCCUCUCCCGCCGCUGCCGAGAGGGGCGCGGGGGAGGCGGCGGCGGCGGCGGCGGCGGCGAAGCGCUCGCACUGCGGCUUCCGACCGCCGAGCAGCAGCCAGGGCAGGGCGGGUACCGGGCACGGCGGAGCCGGGAAGACGACGGCGCGACCGGCCCCGUAUGGGAUGGGCCGGGUCAAGCCGGGCCCCGCCGCUCCGACGGUCAUGGCGGCCCGUGGGUUGCGACCGCCCCGCCGCGCCCGAGCCGGAGCCGCGGUGCUGCUGCCGUUGCUGCUGGUGCUGCUGAGCCGCGGAGCCGCGCAGGAGCUGAGCCCCCGCGGCAGGAACGUCUGCAGGGCCGGCGGCUCCUCGGUGCUUGUGUGCUGCCCGGGAUGGAGGCAACAAGGAAGCGAGUGUUUAAUAGCCGUGUGCGAGGGGAACUUCACCUGCAAGGAGAACGAGGUGUGUGUCAGGCCCGGCGAGUGCCGCUGCCGCCACGGCUACUUCGGCGCCAACUGCGACACCAAGUGUCCCCGGCAGUUCUGGGGUCCCGACUGCAAGGAGAUGUGCAGCUGCCACCCCAACGGGCAAUGCGAGGAUGUGACGGGCCAGUGCACCUGCAACCCCAACCGCUGGGGUCCCAAAUGUGAGAACAUCUGCCUCUGCAAGCACGGCAAGUGUGACCAGAAGACGGGCAAAUGCACCUGCGAGCCCAACUGGUGGGGACCCCAAUGCUCCAGCUCCUGCUAUUGCAGCCACAACUCCCAGUGCGACCAGCAGACGGGCAACUGCCUGUGCCAGCCCGGCUGGUGGGGCCGCGGUUGCAACAACCAGUGCUCCUGCAACAACUCGCCCUGCGAGCAGUUCACGGGGCGCUGCCAGUGCCGGGAGCGGACAUUCGGGCCCCGCUGUGACCGUUACUGCCAGUGCUACAAGGGCAAGUGCAACCAGGUGGAUGGGACCUGCACGUGUGAGCCGGGCUACCGGGGAAAGUAUUGCCGCGAGCCGUGCCCGGCUGGCUUCUACGGCCAAGGCUGCAGGAGGCGUUGCGGGCAGUGCAAGAGCCUGCAGCCGUGCACCGUGGCGGACGGGCGCUGCCUGACCUGCGAGGCGGGCUGGAACGGCACCAAGUGCGACCAGCCCUGCUCACCCGGCUUCUACGGAGAGGGCUGCGAGAAGCUCUGUCCCCCCUGCAAGGACGGCCACACCUGCAACCACAUCAACGGCAAGUGCUCCCAUUGCAACCCGGGCUGGAUCGGAGACCGGUGUGAAACCAAGUGCCGGAACGGGACGUACGGGGAGAACUGCGCCUUCGUCUGCAGCGACUGCGUCAACGGCCAGUGUCACUUCGAGACUGGCCAGUGCCUCUGCCGCCCUGGCUCCCACGGCACCUACUGUAACCUGACUUGCCUGCCCGGCCGCUAUGGAGCCAACUGCGCCGAAGCCUGCAGCUGCCAUGACGGCGCCUGCGACCCGCUGACGGGUGCCUGCCACAUGGAGGCCAACCAGCGGAUGGGGGUGAUUGGGGCAGGAGCCCUCCUGGCGCUGCUGCUCAUCCUCCUGCUCUCCCUGCUCUGCUGCUGCUGCGUCUGCCGCAAGAAGGACGAAGCCCGCGGCUCCAGCCAGGACCCGGCAGCAGCCAAGAAGCCACCGAGACGCUUGUGCGGGCGGUUCAGUCGGAUCAGCAUGAAGCUCCCACGCAUCCCCCUGCGCCGCCAGAAGUUACCCAAGGUCAUGGUGGCCCAUCAUGACCUGGAGAACACCCUGAACUGCAGCUUCAUCGAGCCGCCCUCCGUGGUGGAGCAGCCGUCCCCAUCCUGGUCGUCCCGCGGCUCCUUCUCCUCCUUCGACACCACGGAUGAGGGGCCGGUGUACUGCGUCCCCCAUGAAGAGAGUGUGAGCGACAGCAGGGACAGGGGGACACCCGCCAGCCCCGGGGACAAGCUGGUGGCCCCAGCCGGCGGGGAGGAAGCAGGCGAAUACACCUUCCUGAAGGAGACAGGCUCUGUCAGAGCCUUCCCAGCCGACAGCAGCGAAACGCCCCUGCUCAAGUCCUCAGACAGCGAGCGUUCCUCCUGUGGCUCGGGCUCGGCCGGCGCCGCGCUCUAUGCCCGGGUUGCCCGACUCUCCAAGCAGUCCAAGGAGGAGGAGGAUGCCACCGCAGAGCCCCGCAGCCCUGGGAAGCCGCCAUCCCCGGAAAGGACCAAGCCGCGUCCCCCAGACCCGGCCACGAAGCCCAAAGUCUCCUGGAUCCACAGCAGGUACAACUCCAGCCAGUCCAACUCUCUGCCAGCGCCCAGCCGGUCCCCAGACCGAGUGGCCGCCCGGUCUGGCAGCCCCGAGCAAGCAGGCUUGGCCAAGAGGAAGAGGAGCCCGAGCGAGACGUCAGCCGGCGUGCAGGGCAGAGCAGAGGAGAAGAGCAGCGCGCGGGGCAAGGAGAAAGCGCAGAAGCAACCGAAGGAGCCCGGCGUCCCUGAGGGCAAAGCCAGCCUCGCCGGUGAGCCCCAGUCACCCUCCAAGCCCAAGCAGAGGAGCAAAGCUGGCUCGGAGCCGACAGAGAGCAUCAACGGGGCAGUGCAGAACGCCUUCCGAAAGAUGGGCGCCUUCCAGCCGGAGCGGCGGGUCGGGGACAACAGGGAUGCUCCUCGCAGCCCCGGCGCCAGCAAACCCCGCUCCGAGCCCCUCCAUCCCCACCUGGCCUCCGAGCUGGCCGCCCAGCUGAAGGAAAAGACUCAGAGCCUCAACAAGGGGGACGGAGGCACCCGGGCGAACGGGGUGGGUGCCCAGCGGGAGAAGCCCACCCCUCCGCAGAAAGCCAAGCGCUCGGCGGCCGCCGGCGGCCAGAAGACCAGCAAGCCCUUGCUGCCUACCUCUCCCCACCUGCAAAAACUGAUCCCUGGGGCGGCCGAGCCGGCAGCCGGGGAGCCCAAGCGGGUGGAGAAGCCAAGCACCGGCAGCAGCCAGGACCAGGCUCUCCCCAGCGAGCAAGCGGCCAAGAAAAUCCCCAUUAAAAAGCCUCCCAGGAAGAAGAGCCGAGAAGCCAGCCUGGAGCCACCCAGAGCAGCCGCUGUGCCCGCUCAGGCAGUGCAGUGACCGGGAGCCGGG